AUGUCGAAGCAGCCCCUCCGUGCGUACCAUUUCCUGGCCAGUCGUCGUGCCGUGAUGCGAGAGGAGCCUGCAGUACCAUCCGCGUGGAACUGGAGGUUGGGGGCCAGGUGGUAUGCGACACCGGCCCCGACAUCUCCGUCAUGGUCACUCCACCCCCACUCCAACAGUCCACACGACCACACGAGCACCUCCAAGAAAAAGGGUGCUUGCGCCGCCUUGCAAGCAGCUACUGGCGGCUUGCACGCCGAUGUAUACGCGCUAGACUGCUUGCCGCUAUGCGCGGUUGGAGCUUGUGGUGCGCCCCUCCCCUUUGGUUACACCUUCACCGCCGGCGCCAUUGCCGGUGUGACUGAGCUCCUGCUCCUUUACCCCCUCGAUGUCGUCAAGACCCGCCAGCAGCUUGACACCUCGAAGAACCCCGCCGGCAUGGUCACCACCUUCAAGAACAUUAUCGCUCAGGAGGGUCCUGCCCGUCUCUACCGCGGUAUCGCCUCGCCCCUCCUUAUGGAGGCACCUAAGCGUGCCAUCAAGUUCGGUGCCAACGGCUGGUGGGGCUCGAUCUUCACUGACGGCGGCAAGAAGAAGACCACCCAGGGCAUUGCCCUCCUCACUGGUUGCUUCGCCGGUGCCACCGAGUCGUUUGUCGUUACCCCCUUUGAGCUGGUCAAGAUCCGUCUCCAGGACAAGGCCUCGACCUACACUGGCCCCCUCGACGUUGUCAAGAAGGUCAUCAAGACCAACGGUUUCCUCGGUAUCUACCAGGGCAUGGAGCCCACUUUCUGGCGUCACUGGUGGUGGAACGGUGGUUACUUCGGUUCGAUCUUCCAGAUCAAGGCUCUCCUCCCCAAGGCCCAGUCCAAGAACCAGGAGAUGGGUAACAACCUCGCCGCCGGUACCGUCGGUGGUUUCAUCGGUACUGUCAUCAACACUCCCUUCGAUGUCGUCAAGUCGCGUCUGCAGCUCCACGCCACUGGCGAGUGGACCUACCCCGCUCUCAUCCGCAUCGCUCGCGAGGAGGGCUUCGGUGCCCUGUACAAGGGCUUUGCGCCAAAGGUCCUCCGUCUCGCUCCCGGUGGUGGUGUCCUUCUGCUUGUCGUCGAGGCCCUCUCGACCGUCUUCCGCAAGCACCUUGGCCCCCCUUACAUCGAGGUCCUGGCUUAA